AUGGAAGGUAAAACAACCCUCAUCGUCGGCGCAGGCAUCUUCGGCGUCAGCACAGCCUACCACCUCGCGCUACGAUCCCCGGACCCUUCAAAUAUUACCCUCCUAGACCGAGCUACCCCUCCAUCAAACAACAACCUUGGCGCAUCAGCCGACCUCAACAAGAUAGUCCGGGCAGACUACUCUAGCCCUCUGUACAUGGAAUUAGGCUUUGAGGCGAUCGAAGCAUGGAAAACACUCCCAUUCUUCCGCGACGCGGGCAUAUACCACCAGUCCGGGUGGAUCGCUAUGGACGAAAUGGGUAGUGAUGUCCCCACUCGUAUCAGGGAGAAUUUCCGCAACGGAGGGUAUGAUGGUGUUAUUAUUGAUAUGGAGGAAGAGAAGGUUCGGGGCGCUUGGGGUGGGGUUCUGCAGCGCACGGAUUGUGAGCGGUUUGGAUCGUAUUAUUUCAACAAGUCGGCCGGGUGGGUUGAGGCUGGGAGGGCGCUCGGGAUCAUGCUUCAGGAGGCUAUCAGGCUGGGUGUGAGGUAUGAGGCGGUGGAGGCGAAGCGUCUUGUGUUCCCUGGAGAUGGAAACGGCGUGCAGGGUGUUGAAACCGAAGAUGGAACGGUGUUUCGGGCGGAUAGGGUUCUGCUGGCGACUGGUGCUUGGACGAGCAAGCUUAUGUCGUCCUUGGAGGAUGAGCUGGGUAUGCCGGAUGCUCAGAGAGUGGAGAGGCAGGUCUAUGCUGCUGGUGUCUGUGUGGCCCAUUUUCAGCUUUCGGAGGAAGAGGAGGAGGGAUACUCGAAACUCCCGGUGCUGGUAUAUGGAGGACAAGGCGAGAUCAUACCUCCGACAUCAAACGGUAUCUUGAAGUUCACGAGCACGACUUCCUUUAAAAACACGAUCCAGACAGCAUCGGGCCAUGAGAUCUCCGUGCCCAUAGAAGACCAACUUGAUGCCCCUCGUGGUCUUCAGGAGGACUUGGUCGCAGCUGUUCGAGCGCGUCUUCCCCAGCUGUUGGAUGGAGAGCGCAAGCCGGAUUACUAUCGACUGUGCUGGGACUCUAUCUCUGACAGCCAGCACCCGUUGAUAGAUAGGCACGCUGAUCCCCGGUUGGAGAAUCUGUACUUUGCCGUUGGGGGAUCAUUUCACUUUUACAAGUUUCUUCCAACAAUUGGACAGUACGUGGCAAACGUCCUUGAAAGUGUCGAGAACGCUUCCGGCAGAGAUACUGCUUGGUCGUGGAAGUCAACCGGUGUGAGCGCGAAGGGGGUGCACGAGUCCCUUAUUCCAAAGAGAGAGUUCAGGGACUUUAUUUGA